CCCACCCGUGGGUGACCCUCUGGGCCUGAAGUUAAGCACACCUCCGGCCGAGUCUGGGGAGUCGGGAGAGGUCCCUUAGGGCAGGGUGCGGACUCGCCAGCCCAACUCUGGUUCCCAGCUGGGCACCCCUGGUGAACGCCAGCUGCUUGGGCGGCGGGUUCCCCACAUCUGCCCCAGUGCCUUCCGCCCCCAGCUGCGAGGCCGAGACUCCCCCACUCCCGGGAGGCGCCCCGCACCUGCUGCGGCCUUGCCCCAUCUAGCACAGCUGCCGCGCCGAGCAUCCACAAGCCGACCGAGGCCCGCGGCCAGGGCAGGUGCGGGCGUUCCCCCCUGCCUCCCUCGACAGCACCCCACCAGUGAUGGGGGUAAAGCCGGGAUCCACCCAUACCUCAAUGGAGCCUAGGGGCAUCUUGAAGGCGUUUCCCAAGCGAAGGACUAUUCAUGCCCAUCCAUCAUCAAAAGCAGUUGCAAAGAUGCCCAAGAAGGAAAACGAAGCAGGAGAGUGGCUGAGCUCCCUGUGGGCCCAUGUUGUACCCACUGGCAUUGGGCGAGCCCGGGCAGAACUCUUUGAGAAGCAGAUUGUCCAGCAUGGUGGCCAGAUAUGCCCUGCCCAGGCCCCAGGGGUCACUCACAUUGUGGUGGACGAAGGCAUGGACUGUGAGCGAGCCCUCCGCCUCCUUAGACUGCCUCGGCUGCCUCCAGGUGCUCAGCUAGUGAAGUCAGCCUGGCUGAGCUUGUGCCUGCAGGAAAGAAGGCUGGUGGACACGGCAGGAUUCAGCAUUUUCAUCCCUGACAGGUACCUGGACCAACCACAACUCAGCAAGGCAGACCAAGACUUUUCUAUUCCUUCUGGAGCCCCUGAGGCUCUGCUCAGGACAAUCCUCUCUCCUUCUGCUCCUCCCACUAGACCUGUAUCUCCUCCUCAGAGGGCAGAAGAGACUGUAAGCACCCACGCCCAGCCCAUCUCUGAUGAUGAAACCAGUGAUGGGGAAGAAAUCCAGGUUAGCCCAGAUGAUCUGGAAGCCCUGUUCAGUGGCCACUACCCCAUCCAUCUGGAGGGAGAUGGUGAGCCUAGCCCAGCCCCCAAGGGCCUGGCCAAGUGGGUCUGUGCACAGCCUUCGAGCCAGAAGGCAACCAACCACAACCCCCACAUCACAGAGAAGCUGGAAGUGCUGGCCAAAGCCUAUGGUGUUCAGGGAGACAAGUGGAGGGCCCUGGGCUAUGCUAAGGCCAUCAAUGCCCUCAAGAGCUUCCACAAGCCUGUCACCUCCUACCAGGAGGCCUUCAGUAUCCCUGGGAUUGGAAAGCGGAUGGCUGAAAAGAUUGUAGAGAUCUUGGAGAGUGGGCAUCUGAGGAAGCUGGACCAUAUCAGUGAAAGCGUGCCUGUCUUGGAGCUCUUUUCCAACAUCUGGGGAGCUGGAACCAAGACUGCCCAGAUGUGGUACCAUCAGGGUUUCCGGAGCCUAGAAGACAUCCGUAACCAGGCCUCCCUGACUACCCAGCAGGCCAUUGGCCUGAAGCAUUAUGAUGACUUCCUGGAACGCAUGCCAAGGGAGGAGGCUACAGAGAUUGAGCAGAUAGUCCAGGAGUCAGCUCAGGCCUUCAGCCCCGGGCUGCUGUGUGUGGCAUGUGGCUCCUACAGGCGGGGGAAGGCAACCUGUGGUGAUGUGGAUGUGCUGCUCACUCACCCAGAUGGCCGUUCUCACCAGGGCAUCUUCAGUCGCCUCCUAGACAGCCUUCGGCAGCGAGGGCUCCUGACGGAUGACUUGGUGAGCCAAGAGAAUGGCCGGCAGCAGAAGUACUUGGGUGUAUGCCGGCUGCCGGGACCAGGGCGGCGGCACCGACGGCUGGACAUCAUCGUUGUGCCCUACAGCGAGUUUGCCUGUGCUCUGCUCUACUUCACUGGCUCUGCCCACUUCAACCGCUCCAUGCGGGCUCUGGCCAAGACCAAAGGCAUGAGCCUGUCGGAGCAUGCCCUCAGCACAGCUGUGGUCCGGGACACCCGGGGCUUCAAGGUGGGGCCUGGCCGAGUACUGCCCACCCCCACUGAGAAGGAUGUCUUCAGGCUCUUAGGCCUGCCUUACCGAGAACCAGCUGAGCGGGACUGGUGACCUGUGGCUGCAGCAGGAGGGGUGCCGAGCGGGACUGCCGCCCCACCUGGCCAUCCAGUACUCAGUUCCAGCUUCAGUUGCCUGAACCUUAUUACUCUGACUACCAGUAACCUGGGCCUGAGGGGAAGGGCCAGCCUGUCCCCAAGGUCUGUCUAGCCCUCUCCCCGACAGAAGCAGGCUAUCCAUCCCGUCUACCUCACCACUGGCCCUGGUAGAGUUUUGCACAUGGCCUCUUGCCUCACUUUAAGCAGGAACAGGUGGCUAGUUGGAAGCCACAGGAAGCUGAAGGCCCAGGUGUCUUCCCUUCCCGACCCCAAGGAAGCUGCUGGGGGUGUGAUGGGGACUGCAGGGGGAUGGACAGGCAGCUGUGGCCUAGCAUCACCCAAGAUGCUUUGGAGCAGAAGAAUGUACUCCCUCCACCCACUGGCUUCCUGUGCAACUGGAGGUAUGGGGAGGGGGCAUCCCAGGCUCAGUGAGGACAGCAUUUAAUGGCCCUGGAGCCCAGUAAAGUGCAUUUAACAUUCAA